UUGGUUCUCUCCUUUGACCUGUUGUUCUGAGGAACAAACUCAGGUUGUCAGUCUUGGUGCUGAGCUCUUUCACUGUUUCCUCUUAAGUUUUAUUCCUGUGAGAAUAUUUUGGUUGAUACCACAAAAUCUUCAGGCAAACUACAAGAAAUGUCUUUUCUGUUUUUUUGUUAGGGAGAUGGAAUGUAGCGCAUCAGGCUGCUAUAGUAAAGACAAGUACAGCAAGGAGGAAAGUUUGCUUGCAGACGUUGCUUCAUUAAGACAUGAGCUGAAAAUAACAGAAUGGAGUUUGCAGAAUUUAGGUGAAGAAUUAUCCAGUGUUAGUCCAAGUGAAAAUUCUGAUUAUGUGUGCACUCCUUCAAGAUCUGAAAGGCUUAUUUUGGAGGAACUUACCCAAUCUAGCCGCCUGGGACAUUUGAAUUACCCACCUUACAAGAAAGUGUGUAAAACAUCUGGUAGUACUGAUUUUCAAAAGAAACCAAGAGAUAAGGUGCCCUUUCCAUCUGCUUGUGUGGAUCAUGAGAUUAAGAGCCUUCGAGAGAAGCUUAAUAAACUCAGGCAGCAGAAUGCGUGUUUGGUCACACAGAAUCAUUCUUUAAUGACUAAAAUAGAAUCUGUCCACUUUGAAUUGACACAAUCUAAAGCAAAAAUGUCUUUGCUUGCGUCUGUGCAAGAGCAGGCAGCCAACAUCCCAAUCUUAGAAGAGCAGAUUAUAAAUUUGGAAGCAGAAGUUUCAGCUCAAGAUAAAGUUUUGAGAGAAGCAGAAGAUAAAUUAGAGCAGAGUCAGAAAAUGGUGAUUGAAAAGGAGCACAGUUUACAAGAGGCCAAAGAGGAGUGCAUAAAACUGAAGGUGGACUUACUUGAACAAAGUAAACAAGGGAAAAGAGCAGAACGACAGAGGAAUGAAGCACUGUAUAACGCAGAAGAACUGAGCAAGGCUUUCCAGCAGUACAAAGAAAAAGUAGCUGAGAAACUGGAGAAGGUUCAAGCUGAAGAAGAAAUACUAGAAAAAAAUCUUAGUAACUGUGAAAAGGAAAAUAAAAGGCUUCAAGGAAAAUGUAAUCUGUAUAAAAGUGAACUUGAUAUUUUGAAAGAGAAAUUCAGGCAGUUAAAAGAAGAGCAUAACAGUGGAAAAGAAAAAUUGAGAAUUAUGGCCAUGAAGCAUUCAGCAGUCAUGUCACAGCUGACUGAGUCCAGGCAGUGCAUUCUGAAGUUGGAGAAUGAGUUGGAGGACAGAGACGAGAUAUUACGAGAAAAAAUUUCUUUAAUAAAUGAAAACCGAGAACUGAAGGUUCGUGUCGCAACACAGAAUGAACGACUGGAUUUGUGCCAGCAGGACAUUGAUAGCUCAAGGCUGGAACUGAGGAAUUUAGAAAACCUGAUAUCCAAGACACCAUUAAAGAGAGAAAUACUUGGCUUUAAGUCAUCUCUUUCUAAGCACCAGAUGAAUAGUUUUUCUAACAACGAGGACAGUUGCAUCGGCUGCUGUGAGGCAAAUAAAUUGAUGAUUUCUGAAUUGAGGAUUAAGCUUGCAAUAAAAGAGGCUGAAAUUCAAAAGCUUCAUGCAAAUCUGACUGUGUCGCAGUUGUCUCUAAAUGCUGUUGCUAAUGAUAGCCAAGAAGGCGGCAAAGUAAAUACCUUAGAAACAGAGCCUGUAAAACUCGGUGGGAGUGCAGCGGAACGUGUCAAAGAUCAAAAUCAGCACACUAUGAACAAGAAAUAUGAAAGAGAGAAGGAACGACUUGCUACAGGAAUAGAAGAACUGCGUGCUAAGUUGGUACAAAUAGAAGCUGAGAAUUCUGAUUUGAAGAUUAACAUGGCACACAGGACUAGUCAGUUUCAGCUAAUUCAAGAGGAACUGCUAGAGAAAGCUUCAAGUGCCAGCAAACUAGAAAAUGAAAUGACGAAGAAAUGUUCUCAGCUUUUAACUCUAGAGAAACAGCUGGAAGAAAAAAUUAUUGCAUAUUCUUCUAUUGCUGCAAAAAAUGCAGAACUUGAGCAGGAGCUCAUGGAGAAGAAUGAAAAAAUAAGAAGCCUAGAAUCUAAUAUCAAUACAGAACAUGAGAAAAUUUGUUUUGCUUUUGAAAAAGCAAAGAAAAUUCACCUUGAACAGCAUAAAGAAAUGGAAAAACAGAUUGAACAACUUGAAACUCAACUAGAGAAAAAAGACCAACAAUUUAAAGAACAAGAAAAGACUAUGUCCAUUUUGCAGCAAGAUAUUCUGUGUAAACAGCAUCAUCUUGAGUCGCUAGAUAGACUCCUGACGGAAAGUAAAGUGGAAAUGGAAAAAGAAAACAUGAAGAAAGAUGAAGCUUUGAAAGCAUUGCAGAUUCAUGUAUCUGAAGAAACAAUCAAGGUCAGACAAUUGGAUUCAGCAUUAGAAAUCUGUAAGGAAGAACUUGCUUUGCAUUUGAAUCAGUUGGAAGGAAAUAAGGAAAAAUUUGAAAAACAGCUGAAGAAGAAAUCUGAAGAGGUGUAUUGUUUGCAGAAAGAGCUAAAGAUAAAGAAUCAUAGUCUGCAAGAGACCAGUGAGCAAAACGCGGUUCUCCAGCACACUCUGCAGCAGCAGCAGCAGAUGCUGCAGCAGGAGGCAACUAGAAACGGAGAGCUCGAAGACAGUCAAGCUCACCUGGAAAAACAGGUAUCAAAGCAGGAACAAGAGCUUCAGAAACAAAGGGAAAGUUCAGCAGAAAAGUUGAGAAAAAUGGAAGAGAAAUACGAAACAGCUAUACAUGAUGCAGAUUCGAAAAAGCAAAAAAUUAUUGAGCUAACUACUACUAUCAGGCAAGCCAAACUUGAGGUGGAUCAGUACAAAGAAGAACUGUCUAAAAUGGAAAAAGAAAUAAUGCAUCUAAAACGAGAUGGAGAAAAUAAGUCCAUACAUCUCUCUCAGUUAGACAUGAUUUUAGAGCAGACAAAGACAGAGCUAGAAAAGAAAACAAAUGCAGUGAAGGAGCUAGAGAGGCUACAACACUGCACUGAAGUGGAGCUAACAGAGACCACGCAGAAGCGGGAAGCUCUGGAAACGGAACUGCAGAAUGCUCAUGGAGAGUUGAAAAGCACCUUAAGACAACUACAGGAGUUGAGGGAUGUGCUACAAAAGGCUCAGCUAUCAUUAGAGGAAAAAUACACUACAAUAAAGAGUCUCACUGCUGAGCUCAGAGAAUGUAAGAUGGAGAUUGAAGAUAAGAAACAAGAACUUGCUGAAAUGGAUCAGGCGCUUAAGGAGAGGAACUGGGAGCUGAAGCAGCGAGCAGCUCAGGUAACACAUUUGGACAUGACCAUUCGUGAGCACAGAGGAGAAAUGGAGCAAAAAAUAAUCAAAUUAGAGGGCACUGUGGAGAAAUCAGAAUUAGAACUUAAAGAAUGCAACAAACAGAUAGAAAGUCUAAGUGAAAAGUUGCAAAAUGCCAAAGAGCAGCUUCGGGAAAAGGAGUUUAUAAUGCUCCAAAGCGAGCAGGAGAUAAGUCAGCUGAAAAAGGAAACGGAAAGAGCACAACAAAGAGUGAAAGAAAUGGAAAGUGUUAUGAAAGAACAGGAAGAGUACAUUGCUACCCAGUACAAGGAGCUCAUUGACUUGGGGCAGGAACUGAGACUAACCCAAGAGCAAAUGCAGAGCUCGCAUUCACAGCUGCUAGAGGCUCGUCGCCAGGAAGUGCAAGCGCAGAGGGAAGUGGACCGGCUCGCUAGUGAGCUGGAGGACAUGACGCAGCUCUCUAAGGAGAAGGAAUCUCAUGGAAAUCGUUUGGCUGAAGAACUCGGGGCUUCUCAAGUACGUGAAGCUCACUUAGAAGCAAGAAUGCAAGCAGAAAUAAAGAAAUUAUGCUCAGAAAUAGAAUCUCUCAAAGAAGCAUAUCAUAUGGAGAUGAUUUCACAUCAAGAGAACCAUGCAAAGUGGAAGGUUUCUGCUGACUCUCAAAAGACUUCCGUUCAACAACUAAAUGAACAACUAGAGAAAGCAAAGCUGGAACUGGAGGAAGCUCAGGACACUGUAAGCAGUCUGCAUCAGCAAGUUCAAGACAGGAACGAAGUCAUUGAAGCUGCAAAUGAAGCGCUACUUAUUAAAGAAUCAGAAUUAACCAGAUUGCAAGCCAAAAUUUCUAGACAUGCAAAGACAGAAGACAUCAAGUUUCUGCCAGCUUCAAUUAUGCCUGAUAUUCAAGAUCCUAAGUUUGUCAAACAUUCUCAGUUAUCAUUUUUCAAACACAGAAAACUACGUCGCUCUAUUAGUGCCAGUGACCUUAGUGUCAAAAGUCAUGGCAAUGAAGACCUCUCUGAGGAACUGCUACAGGACUUAAAGAAAAUGCAGCUAGAGCAGCCUUCAGCAUCAGCAGGUGCUCAUAAAGACCUGGCUUUCACCCAGCCAGACUCAUUUAAACCUCUUCCGUAUAACCUAGAAGAUGAUAGUUCUGAAAGUAAUGACUUUAGUACUCUUAGUGGAAUGCUGAGAUACAUAAACAAAGAAGUGAGACUGUUAAAAAAGUCUUCUCUGCAAACAACUGCUGGUUUAACUCAGGUAUGUAUUUUACACACUACCAGGUAAAGUAAUUUGUACCAGGCAUGUUGUUGCAUACCUGAAACCCAGCACUUAGGAGACAGAAGCCAGAGGAGAAUGAGCUGGAGAUCCUCAAUA